UCUGAGGCUGCUAGUAAUCACCUGAGGUUUUGAACUUCUUCAUUUUUCCUAAAAUGCAACAGCAGCAGAAGAAGUGCAAUAUUACGGCUAGGGUAUUUAAUCUUGCACCACUACUUGAAGGUUUACAACGUUCAGACCAGAAUGAUGACAAUGAUGGUCAUGACGGUGAUGGGCAUUCAGAAAAAAAGAGGAAGCCACUCCAACAGCAGCAGGAAGAUGGAGAUAUGAAUUCAUCUGAAGUGGAAAGCACCACCAACCUCGGAGCUACUGACAAAUACAAAGUUAUUAAACGUCAUUACAGGGAUUUCUCCAGAGGUGAGGAUGGGGAUAAAGGCUACGUCGAGGCGGAUCACAUCCCACCGUUGGAGUCUCUGCGGCGGGCGCCCGAGCAGCAAGAGUUUCAGAGUCUCAGAGACAUCAAUCCAAAUCUUUACAACAUGGUGCUGAGCCUGAGAGAUGACAAACACGGAGAUAACCUGCCCACCGUCCAGGUCCUCACACAUCACCACAGGGACGCCCUGUCCACCGGCGCCAGCAGAGUGUCCACAGAAGUCAGGCUCCUGCUGGCGCGCAGAAUUGCCAGAGGUCAAGUGCAGCCGAUGCUCAAACAGGCAUUUAUCAUCGCUCACCCUUAUGCUUCCCAGCAAAUCAGAAACGAUGCAGGAGUUGGCAGCAGACAAUGGCUUGAGAGACUUUCGAUUUCAGAGGACAGGACGGUGAGGAUCUACACCAGAGCCUUCCACAGCCUGCUCAGGAUCUACUCCAACAUGGGCAUCAUCAGUGCAGAACAAUUUGCACUCCUCACUGAGUAUGUGGACAAUCACGGAUAUCUUGACAGAGAUUGUGACGAAUAUAAAGAGAUUCUUGAAACCGUCCGGCGCCACGGCCGUGUUGCCCAAACGUCGCCCACUCCCAUUCUCAAAAUGAACGCGAAGGCCCGCCGACGCCCCCGUGAGGAGUUAUGAGCCCCACUGCUACGAUUUCACACCAUCAGAAAUGAUGACACUCUGCCACCACAGCAAUGAAUUGUUUUAACUCAUCAAAUCCCAGAAUCCUCGCUCUCCUCAUUCUUACAUGAAAGGGGCUGUGAUAAUAAUGUGAUAAAAAAAUAUAUGUUUUGAAUAUUUAGCUCACUUUCCUCAAAUUUGAGACAGA